AUGAACGAGACGGUUCUCGCGCACCGGCUCGGGCUGCACAAGCCGGUUGUCCAAGGCCUCGAGCGCCGCUUGUCCGUUGACCACAUCCAAGCCAGCGCCGCCAUUUGGGGUAACCACUGCGUGACCCGACCGACGAUGCCCGAUGCGCGACCGGCCCGCGCCGCCCCGCCUGCUGCGAACCAAGCCGAGCCCGCGCGACCUGACGCACAGCAGCCAGCGCCGCCGCAGCGGACUUCGGCAACGUCUGCAACAACUGCGGCACCCCGCGGCCAGGAAGGUCGCGCCCCGCGCGGCAAGAUCACGCUGCCGAUCGUCCUGCACCGCGACCUCCACUUUGCCGCCGCCUGCGACGCCUGGAAAGAUUUGACCGACCGUGUCGUCCAGUACCUCACCCGCGGUCACAAGCGUCGUAGGGCGACGACAGAAGAGCCAGACGAGCCCCCGCGCCGCCGCCUGCGCAGCCACGGACCGGCGGGCGAAUGAAGAAGAAAGAGACUGC